UGAAGGCUCAAUAAAACUUCCACAGACCAGUCAAAAUGCGCCACUUGGUUUCCCAAUUUGUUUAAAAAAAACCAAAUCAAUUUAUAUAACAAACUCUUCUUCCACAUUUAAAUUCAACGCUAAAAUCACCAUUGAAGCCCCCACCUUCUUCUCAAUUUCUGUCCAUCUCAACAAAAAUUUAAUUCAAAAGGUAUGAAAUUUCCUUAUUUUAUUAGCUUUACUAACUUGUAAUCUUUGUUAUUUUGCUCAAAUUUACUUCUCCAAAUUGGUUAGGGUUUUAGCAAAAUCAUGUCAAGGGCAAGCUUGAAUCGCAUUUGUAAAGAUGAGAAUGACCCAAUGUUGCGUGAGACAGUGCGAUGCAAACAUGGAGACUUGCUGACAAUGCAGACUUCGUGGUCGAAUGAUAAUCCAGGAAGAAGAUUUUGGUCUUGCCCACGCUAUCGUGAAAAGUCAUGCAAGUUCUUCGGGUGGAGGGAUCGUGAUGAGAUUGAUGUGCGAUCCAAGUUUGUUAUUUCAAGAUUGGCGAAUAGAGUUAAGGAUUUGGAAAAAUCAUUAGCAUAUUUCCAAAGUAUGGAGAAAGAGAUGAAAUGGGUGGAGAAUGAGUGUCAUGAUGAGGUGAUGACAGAAGGGAGUUCUUGUCAAGAUCAAGUGAUCUCAGAGGAGAAAGAUGAUCAUGAUCUGUUGAUCAAAGAGGAGAUAAAUGAUGUGGUGAUCAAAGAGGAGAAAGAUUAG